AUGAAACUGCUUAUGACAGAAGAACUUUAUCAUGCCAUUAUGGCUGAAAUUUUUCAGGAUUGUGUGUUCAAAAAAGGUUCUAAGAAUUCUAUUGAUUAUGAAAAUUUUAUUGAACAUGUUUUACUACCAAAGAUAAAUCUAUUUCCUGAACAAUAUAGUGUAUUGAUAUUAGACAAUGCAUCUAUACACAAAAGUCAAUAUCUACGGGAUCUUUGUGAAGAAAAUGGAGUUUGA